AUGGAAGGAGCAGUGAGAGGUUUCAAUGGCGGAAGCCCGAAAAUCAGAGAUGGUUCGGCAGCUUCAACGAGUGCUUCAACACAAUACAUGCUUGGCGUGCCUCAUCAGUUCACCCGUCAUUUUACCAACCUCACCAACGCCAUCCCUCCAUACAUUGCUCAUCCUGCGUCACCGCGAGACUCCGAGCCAAGAAACGGCCUAGGAUUACGGGAGCCUACCAUCAUGAACUCUACGCAAAACCACACCAUCUCCCGUCGCAAACAAAAAAAGGCCGCUAGAAAGCUCAAGCGCGCCCAGUCCAGCACCGUACGUGCUAACGCAGAUGCCGCUCUACGUAACUCACGCGCCGCCCGCCUCCACCACAUCUUGGGGAGACCCGGACGCGGGGGCCUAUCAGCCAAGAGCGCCGAGCAAUUGAAACAAUUCUUCUCUAAAAAGGUCCCCGAGAGUGAGAAGCCCUCGCUGCGUGAGAUGGAUGCUUCUGCGGCGAUGAUCAUGCUGCAAAUGGCGGCGGAGGAUGUCGAUGCUGGGAAAUUGACUCAUGAGGAGUUGAGGCAGCUAAGUGAGGAGAGUCUGAUGGCGAGAGGAGCAGAGUGUGGAGAAGGAGGAGGAGACGAGGAGGACGGGAAGGCUAAGGAGGACAGGGAGACGGAAGUGACAAUGGAGGCCAAGGGGGAUGUGGGGUCGGAGGAGGGGGAAGAGCUGGGAGACGAGGACUGGGAGCAGGGCGGUGUCGCUUUGGCCAACGAUUGGUAG